UAGAUACGAUAAGGGAGAUAACUCGAAAUACACAAACAUUCCAACAUGCAACAUGACAUGAGUUUAGAGAAACUGGAAAUUCGUGUUUGAACCGUGAUCGUAUUUUAGACACAAACUAUGGCUAAAGUGGAUGACAAUGCCCUUGCCAAAUUUCUGUCCAGAGUGGCAGACAAGAUGGAUGAGGAAAUGGACAAGACGGAAAAAGAGAAGAAAGGAAAUGAAAAUCUUAAAGAGGAAGCAGCAGACAUGCUUGAUCUCGACUUGGAUGAGUUCACAUUUGAGGUCGGCACACAAGCAGGCCCCUUGGACUUAACUGGUAAUGCAUCAUCAGAGAGCAAAUCCAGAUCUAAACUCCAGACUGGGGCUGAUGCUGAGUGUUUGGAGGACCUUGUCACUGGACUAAAAGAUCAGAUCAAUAACUCAGAUUCCUGGCUCACGGAGAACACUGCCACAAAGUGGAAGGCUGACAAUCCAAAAGUGGCAGAGCAGUACCUCCAGGCCCUGGAACAGGAUAAAGACAAGGAAUUCUGAUCAGUGUCACUUGUCAGUAUUUGUCAGGGCAAGACAUUCUGAGUAUACUGUUCUCUCAGUUUUGGAAGGAGGGGAGACAUUCUGGUAGUAUAAGUGCCUGUCAGUAUUGGAAGGAAGGAGGGGGAUAAGUUCUGGUAGUAAAGUGCCUGUCAGUAUUGGAAGGAAGGAGGGGGAUAAGUUCUGGUAGUAAAGUGCCUGUCAGUAUUGGAAGGAAGGAGGGGGAUAAGUUCUGGUGGUAAACUGACUGUUAGUAUUGGAAAGAAUGGGGACAAGUUCUGGUGGUAUAUUACCUGGUAGUAUUGAUAGGGUUAUGUGCCUGGUUGAGCUCAUGUCCCUCCCCACUGGUUAGCUGCUCAUCACUGGACAUAUGUAUGUAUUCGAUUUACCUGACCAGUUUUGUUUUAAUAUUUAAAACUCAUCAGAGGUAUUGAUGGUCUGAAUGAGAAGUUCUGGUAAUGUACUACUGCCUUGCAGUACUGAUGGGGUGAGAAAUGGUGGUCUUAUUUGAUUUUCACUCAACUGAAGGUCAUAAGGUCGUAGGUGAUACUUCUCAGUAUGUUAGUUCAUAGCAGGACCAUUUCUGUACUAAUACAUUUAGUAUGGAAAUAUGGAAAUUCAUCCAGGAUUGAUUGACGUGAAAACAGAAUGUAAACUAACAAUGAAAGUGUUGGGCAGACAACUGCUGAUUCAAUGAAGUAAUUAAUUGAUCUGCUGUAUGGAUCAGAUAUGCUUCCAGUAUUUGUGAGUCAGCUGUGAUUUUUAUGACAGAUAUUUCUGUCCUUAGCUUUUCUGUGGGACUCACCAAAGUUUUGAGAACCCUUUAUAUCUCUAACUUUAACAUGGGACUCAUCAAUGUAAUUGUGUCAAAUGAUUCAUCGGAAAUAAAAUGCUUUUGCAAAAA